AUGACUGACCCGGCAGACUCAGACCAGCUCCACAAUGCUGUCUCCCAGCAAGGUGCCACCAUUGGAAGACACAAGGAGUUACUGCAUUGCCUUAUGGAGGGGCUCUUUACCCUGGCAGUCUCCCAAGAACCCCGCUUACCUCCUCCGGAGCACUAUGCUGGAGAUUCUGGAAACUGCCGGGCCUUUCUCUCCCAGUGCUCCCUCAUCUUCGAGCUGCAGUUUUCUUCUUUCCCCUCUGACCACUCAAAGAUAGCGUAUCUCAUAAUGCUGAUGUCUGGGAGGGCACUCAACUGGGCUAUGGUGGUGUGGGAGCAACAGUCUGCCGUCUGCCUCAGUCUGGAGGAGUUUGUGGCAGAAGUAUAG